AUGGCUCGUCGUGUAUAUGCUGCUGUUGUUAAGGCACUUGGACAAGUACCUCGCUAUGAACUUAUUGAUUUACCAUCACCAACAUCAAAUCAAGUUGAAGUUCAAGUAAUUGCUGCUGGUGUUCAUCAACUAGUCAGAUCAAUUAUAGGUGGACGACAUUAUAUUAAACCAAAAACAUCACCUAUUGUUGCAGGUGUAGAUGGUGUUGGAAAACUUUCUAAUGGUGAAAAAAUCUUCUUCAUAUCUAUGACACCUCCUACUGGUACUAUGAGUGAACAUGUGAAUAUUCAUCGUGACAUGAUAAUUCCUCUUCCAAAUAAUGCCGAUCCUAUCCUUUUUGCUGCUAUCAUGAAUGCCGGUAUGGCAUCAUGGAUGGCUCUACGUCAACGUGCACGUAUUCAACCAGGUGAAACAGUUUUGAUUCUUGGCGUUACAGGAAGUUCUGGUCAAAUAGCUGCUUCAGCUGCUCGUUUACUUGGUGCAAAACAUGUCAUCGGUGUUGGACGUAACACAUCUAUUCUGGAUCAAUUAUUAUCAGAUGGUAAAAUAGAUGCUUCUAUUCCUUUGACUAACGAUGAAGAACAAAUCCAGCAGGCAAUAGCAAAAGAAGCUGCAGGCGUAGAUAUCGUAUUAGAUUUUCUUUGGGGACGACCAACAGAAAUUGCUAUGGCAGGAAUUCAAUCAGCUCGAAAAGAUCCUGCACAAAGAUUACGUUGGGUUGAAAUUGGACAAAUGGCUGGUCCUACAAUACAGUGUUCAGCUAUGUUUCUUAGAAGCAAAAACAUUGAGAUAAUGGGAAGUGGAAUUGGUCCAAUUUCAUUGACAGAAAUGUUAAAAGAUCUAGAACAUAUGGUACCUUUGGUGAUGGAAGGUAAAUUAACAACAUCUGUCAUCACCAUACCUUUAAAAGACAUUGAAACAAAAUGGGAAGAAACAGCUAAUGCAAAAGAACGUGUAGUAGUAGUAAUGUAA